AUGAUUUAUUUUUCUAACUUACAAAUUUCCUUUUUCUUUAAUAUUACAAAGAAUAUCAUUGGCUUAGUUAAAAAAUUGCUUAAUCAAGAAAUUUCCCCAAAGCAAAAAGCUCUGCUUCUUUCCGUAAUUGCCGCAAUAACCCUUUUCCCAGCCUCUCACAUUAAGCACCGAAAGCUUUCUUGCAACAACCCUUCACAAAUCAAGAAGGCCCAGAAUAAAUACAACUCCACGAAAGCUGCCCUAUCCUCUAUCUCAAAGCUGCCAAAAGUCUCAGAGAAAAAGUCUCAAAAAUUCUCUCCUCAAAUAUCCACUAAUUACGUGAAAGUCUCUACAAUGGCGAUUUUUCCUGCGAAGAAUUAUUAA